AUGGAAUUCGAAACACCAAACAAUAACAAUGCUUGGGAAAAGUGCUCGAACACUAUUAAAAGCACAAUAAACAAUGCCUAUAAGGAAUCCUGUCUCCUGAGGCUGGUCCAACACGAUCAGACGACUACCGCAUGGUGGUUUCACGAGUUAGAUCACCUCAGGAAGAUAACUAGGAAAUCUUUUAACAAGGCAAUAACCACAAAACUCAAAGAAGACUGGGAUACUUACAAAUCUCACCUCAGAGAAUACAAAAAAAUCGUCAAACAGAGAUGCAUGGAGAUCCUACUGCGAAGAAAUCGAAGAUUUCCCGCAGGCAGCGAGACUUCAAAAGGCUCUCUCAAACGAUCCACAGCGAAGCAUUUCUGCGCUUAUCAAAGAGGAUGGCACGAAAACUGCCAACCUUGA